GUAUCUAUGGGGCUGUUCCUAUAGGACGCUGACGGCUGCCCGGUGGACAUCACGGUGAAGGACAACGGUGACGGCACCUUCAGCUGCCAUUACGUGCCAACAAAGGCCAUCAAACACACCAUCAUCGUCACGUGGGGCGGCGUCAACGUCCCACAGAGCCCCUUCAGGGUCCCGGUGGGGGAGGGCAGCCACCCGGGCCGGGUCCGUGUUUACGGUCCGGGCGUGGAACGGGCCGGGCUGACGGCGGGGGAACCGACCUACUUCACUGUGGACUGCAGCGACGCCGGGCAGGGAGAUGUGAGCAUUGGCAUUAAGUGCUGCCCGGCUGUUCCCGGUGCUGCGGAGGCCGACAUCGAUUUCACCAUCAUCAAGAACGACAACGACACGUUCACGGUGAAAUACACCCCCCCGUGCGCGGGGCUGCUCACCAUCAUGGUGCUCUUCGGGACGCAGGAGCUGCCCUGCAGCCCGUUCCGUAUCACGGUGGCUCCGGCCCACGACAGCAGCAAAGUGCGGGCGGAGGGACCCGGCAUCAGCCGCACCGGCGUGCAGUGCGGCUGCCCCACACACUUCACGGUGCAGACCCGUGGGGCAGGGAAGGCCCCGUUGGACGUUCAGUUUGGGGGCACGGCACAGAGCGGGGUCAGCGACCUGCAGAUCAUCGACAACGGGGACUACAGCCACACCGUCAAGUACACUGCUAUGAGACAGGGGGAGCUGUCUGUGGGGGUGACGUACGGGGGGGACCCCAUCCCCAAGAGCCCCUUCCCGGUCACGGUGGCCCCCCCGCUGCAGCUGGACAAGGUGGCCGUGCAGGGACUCAACAGCAAGGUCCCCGUGGGCUCCCCGCAGUCGUUCUCGGUGCUCAGUUCCGGUGCUGGCGGUCAGGGCUCGGUGUCGGUUCUUUGUUCGGGCCCCGGUCGCCGCUCGGUGCCGGUGUCGGUGGAUGCGGCGGGGCCGGGGCUGCACCGCGCGCGGUUCACGGCGGCCGAGGAGGGGCAGCUCCGCUUGGACGUGUCGUACGACGGGCACCCGGUGCCGGGCAGCCCCUUCGUGGUGGACGCCGUGAUGCCCCCGGACCCCUCCAAGGUCCACGCCUUCGGUCCGGGCCUUCACGGCGGCGUUGCGGGCAGCCCGGCCACGUUCACGAUCUCGACGCGCGGUGCCGGUGCGGGGGCGCUGGGUCUGACGGUGGAGGGUCCCCGCGAGGCGGAGCUGGAGUGUCACGACAACGGUGACGGCUCGUGCUCGGUGCGUUACGUGCCGCCCGAACCCGGCGACUACUCGCUCAACAUCCUGUUUGCCGGGACGCACGUGCCGGGCUCCCCGUUCCGCGCCGCGGUUCGACCCCGUUUCGACGCCACCAAAGUUCGGGCCGAGGGUCCGGGGCUGCGGGGCGGCAGAGUGGGACAAAGCGCCGCGUUCGCCGUCGACUGUCGGGACGCGGGAGAAGCGGAACUGAACAUCGAGAUCCGCCACGAGCUGGGGAACCGGCCCGAGGUUCGGAUCCACGACAACGGGGACGGAACGUACGGCAUCACCUACACACCGGCACGAGCCGGGGCCUACACCGUCACCAUCUGCUACGGCGGCGUCACCGUGCCACAAUUCCCGGCAUGUGUCACUGUGGAACCAGACAUCGACCUCAGCGCCAUCAACGUGUAUGGGGCGGGAGUGGAGCCCAGGGGUGAGUAGGAACAGGGGGACCCCAUUGAGA